AUGAAGGUGUUCGUUAUUUUGGGGCUUGUGGCCAUAUCCAUCAGUGCUGUGUGCUCAAUAACAAUACAUGAUAUUUCAGAAGAAUGGAAUUUGUUUAAAGUUUGUACAAGAUAUUUGUAAAAAUAUCGAAAAGAUUUCAAUAAACUCAUAUACCAUUUAACUAUUUAAAGGUCAAAUUUAAUAAAGUAUACGAGAACGUUGGAGAAGAAUUAUUCCGUAAAAAAUUGUAUUUAAAAAACAAAAUAGUAAUUGAGGAACACAACAAAUUAUACAAAAAAGGCCAAGCAACAUACAAAUUAAAAAUGAAUCAAUUCGGUGAUAUGGUAAGUUUUUAUUACUUAGUUUAAAUAUCAUAAACCCUAGUUCAAAUUGUUAAAUUUGAACAUUUAUUAUUAAAUUAUAGGCUAACCAUGAAUGGAAAGAUAUGAAUGGAUUUAAUCAAAUUUUAAAAAACAACAUAGAUGAUAGAGAUUCCGUGACUUACUUGAGUCCUGAAAAUGUGAAUAUUCCGAGUUCAAUUGAUUGGAGAGAAUUAGGAGCCGUAACACCUGUCAAAGAUCAAGGGCACAAAUGCGGAUCUUGCUGGGCGUUCAGUAGUGUAAGAUUUAAAAAUUUAUUUCUACAGUAACUGGGUUCAUUCAAACUAAAUUAUAUCACAAGAAAUUAUUUUACGAAAUUAUAAAAAUGAACAUCAUCUAUAAUAAAAUAUCCCAGGAUUCAUUUAUUUUAUAAUUAUAAUAACAAAUACUAUUACUGAUCAUUCCAUCAUAGCCAUCAUACUAUUCUAGAAGGAUAAAUUAUAUUUUGUUACCCAGAUUAUAGCUCAAUAAGUCACAUCCACAAUUCUCAUGUUCGCAAUACGCAUUAUUUAUAAUUCAAAAUGACGUCAGCUUUUUUUGGGGGGAUUGAUGAAUGCAUUGAAUACGUUUUCGAAUGGUAAUUGUUGGUCUUAUUUUAGACUGGAUCAAUAGAAGGGCAACAAUUUCGCAAAACUGGUAAACUAGUAUCAUUAAGCGAGCAAAAUUUAAUCGAUUGCUCUCGCAGGUUUGGUAAUGAUGGUUGUCGUGGUGGACUUAUGGUUCAAUCAUUCAAUUAUAUCAAAUUUAAUGGAGGAAUUGACACUGAAAUUUCAUAUCCUUACAAAGGCAGGGUAAGUAAUCAAUGAUCAGUUUAUCACACCUAUUUUAAUAUUUAUUUUGGAAUAUUUACAGAAUGGAUUUUUCUGCAAGUACAAAUCUACAAACAAAGGGGCUACUGUCUCAGGUUUCGUAAAUAUUCAAAGAGGAGACGAAAACACUCUCGCUAAAGCAGUGGCUACCGUUGGACCGGUAUCCAUUGCGAUCGACGCUUCCUUAGACAACUUCCGUUUUUACGAUGAAGGUGUGUUCUACGAGCCUACUUGCAGUUCUGUACAUCUCGACCAUGGUGUACUAGCUGUUGGUUACAACACCACAGAAGCGGGAGAAGAUUACUGGAUUGUUAAGAAUUCUUGGGGAGAGGAGUGGGGUCAGGGUGGCUACAUAUGGAUGGCUCGAAAUAAGAACAACAACUGUGGUAUCGCGAGUAUGGCUAGUUAUCCUCUGGUCUAA